AUGGUUAGCGUCAACUCUCCGUUCAAAAGAAAAUCUAGGGAAAACAAAUCCCAAGAUACUGCUGAUUCAACCAAUUCGGAGCGUAGAUAUGCCUUUUUCAAUCGAAGAAGCGCCUCUUCUAAUAAUGCAAACACUACUUCGAAUACACAUGCUGAUUUGAUUCCAAAGAAUGCUAUUUCUAAUCCUGUGCUUCAGUCAUUACCAAAUUCUACACAACAAAUGAAAUUAUUGCCAGCAGGUCCAGACAAUUUAGCAAUGAAUACCCAACACUCUAUACCACCGAUCAUGAGUAAUCACCCAUUAAAUAAAACACCAAACUUUAAUACUUCCCAGCAACAAUUUGUUACUCCUGUAUCUACUAAUAACAACCCCGCAAUGAGAUUUUCAAAUGCAGAAUCACAAUCUAUGGCGUUUAGAACAAGUACGAAUACUAACGCAUCGGUAAUGACUGGAAGUGCAUCAUCUACAAAACCAAUUAAUAAUCGAUAUUCGGGUAUAUCCACUACCAAUAAUAUUGGUAAUGAGGUUACUGGAAGUGCCUGUAAUACUACCCCUCUCACUCAUAUCAACUCUUCAAAUUCUUCUACCCCAAAAAGAAGUCCAAUUAAUCAAACGAAUAAAUCAACAAUUAAUACGUCUACUACAGGCCCUACCCCACCCGUUUCAGGCCAAAAUUAUUCUCAUUCAAGAGUUAUAUCAAAUACAUCUUCACAAAGUUCUACUACGAAUUUCCUUGCCGAACAAUAUGAAAGAGAUAGGAAGAAUAUUAUUCUAACAUGUUUUAGCAAACCAAACCCAAAUACUUUUGAACCUCCCGAUAACUACAUUACUCAUGUAAGAAUAACUGAAGAUUCUAAAUACCAAAAUUCAAGACCUCCAUUAGAUUCAAAUUUGAAAAAUAAAAAACAGAGAAUGCUAAUAAUGAGUGCAAAGGCUCAAGAUAAAGGAGUAGUUUUAUUACAUAAAGCAAAAGAAAGUCAGCCUGGCUAUUUCCAAAUUGGAAGAACUUGGAAUUUAAAAGAAUUAACUUCCUUAGAGAGAGACCCUGAGAUAGAAACCGGAUUUAUUUGUCAUUUGGGGAAACCUUACUAUUGGAAAACUAGAUCUACAAAAGAAAGAACAGUUUUUGUUAAAUCAAUUGUGAAUGUUUACAUGCAAGCUUUUGAUGGCCGUGUACCACAAUUAAUCAAUUGGAAUUUAAGAAUCUUCCAUUUAGAUGAGAAUAGCUAUCAAAGAGCAAUGAGAACACGGGAAAAUAAAAACAUUAACAAUGAUAGCAGAAUUUCUAUGGGGCAAAGUUCACUGAUGACUCCGCAACGGUCUUCACAGUUUAAUCUUUCUCAUAAUUCACCACCAUUAAAUUCACCACUUUCAAUUCCUAAUAAUAUAAUGACAAGUCCAGUUAACAAUAGGAUAAGUACUGUACCAACACCGCCUACUUCCCCUUUACCAUUUUCAGUGUCCACUCCAAAUUUCUCAAAUAAAAUAGAUACUACCUAUUCUCCCCAAUACCUCAACCGGGCAACUACUUCAAAUUGUAAUAGAAAUCAAUUUCAACAAUUUUAUAACAAUAAUGAUAAUACUACUUCAAGUCCACCUCCAAGAGGAAAGUCACCCACUACAGAAUCUUCACAACAGUUGAAUAAUCUUAAUAGCCCAAUAUCAAAGGAAACUUACUUUCCUUCACCAACACAUGCCCCACCUUCUCCACCUUCGGCUCUACAACCUACUUCACCGCUUCAACAUGAAUCUCAUAACCCGUUAAAUUUCUGGUCUAGAAAUAGUUCGAAACGUAGUUCAAGAGAAUUUUUAAGAAGCUCAAAUUCAAAUGUUAAUUCAAAUAUAAAUUUAAUUUCAAUUAAUACCAAAGAUACUACAACAAAUUAUGAUCUUAUGAAAAAUAUAGAACUUGAUCAACAAAAGAAAAAUUUGUAUAACCAUCAGCAAAUGAGUGGAACAGAGCCUUAUGAAAUCCAACAACAAAACACUAAUACAUUAGAUUCUAUAAAAAAGAAACAAUAUCUUCAAGACUCAGAUUUAGAAAAUGCCAGAAAUGAGCAAGAACUGAAUAGACUUGCUUUAGCAAAUCAAGAAAUAGAGGAACAAAAGGCUCUCGCAAGAAUUCACUCAUCAAAACAACAGACACAACAAGACCAUGAUAUGGGAAGACAAAAAAACGAAGCAGAAGAAAAUGAAAGGUUAAGAGAUAUAGAAAAUAAAGAAAGACAAAGGAGAGAAGAAGAGGAAUUGGAGAGAAUCAGAAGAGAAGAGGAAGAAAAUAAAAGAAUUCAUCAAGAAAAGGAAAUGAUACAAAAAAUUGAAAGAGAGAAUCUCGAAAGAGAAAGAAGGAGAAUUGAAACUGAAAGAAUAGAAGAAGAAAAAAGACAACAACAGCAAAUUGAUUUUGAAAGAAAGCAAAGAGAGGAUGUUGAAUUAAGAAGAAAACAAGAAAAACAACUAGAACUUCAAAAAGAACAAUUGCAACAGAUUGAACAACAAAGAAAACACCAGCAAUAUAUGGAACAUCAGAAAAACGAGCAAGAAAAUGUGACGGUGAUUAAAAAUAAGUUUAUAAAAAGGAAUACUCAACAGCAAUUACAUUCACAAUUAUUAUCUAGUAUCAAUGACUAUACUUCCAAUAGUAAUUCUACUGAUAAUGUUGUUCAAAAGGCUAAUGAUAGUACUUCCAAACUUCAAAACUUUUUGGAUUCUACUGACCAAAGUCAUAUCACUUUAGUCGAUGAGGAUUUCAAUUCUCCUCCAGAUAUCUCACUACCUAAAAUUACUAAUUCUUCUACCUUGAACAAUAAUUCCCUUAUACCCAAUACCUCUAAUUUAGCAUCUGGCAAAACAUGCACAAGCAUUUCUGGCCCAAUUCCUUCUGAAGCCAUAGUACAAGAACCUGCAUUGCAUCAAGCACCAUUGAGAAGGAUAUCUCAGAAGAGAAUAACCACUAAUCUAGUAGAACCAAAUGAUGAUCAAUCUGGAUCACCAGUUUUUCAAAAGACACCUGCAGUAAAGAAAGAUGAAAUGGCUCAGAUCCAAGGUACUGCAAGAAAUUCAGAUGAACCAACACAGAUGAAUAACAAUGAUAAUAUGCUAGCUAAUCUGAAUUCGGUCCUGACUGAAAAAGUGGAUUCAACUCCAGACAGUGAUGAAUUUGAAUUUACAGACAACAGUGAAUUACCCACACCUACUGAUGAUAAAUCUUUUAUCCAAACUGAACCAUUACAUCUAAAAAGGCGGUCAUCUGAUGACCAGCCAGAGAAGAGAUCGUACACCCUUUCCCAAGUAAAAUACCCCCCUACUCCUCCAAGCUCUGCUCUCCCUAUUGCACCACUAUCUAAUUCUCCAGUUUUACAGGUAAACCAACAACAAAUACCAGAAGUAAGAGGGAGGUGCCGUAAAAUUGUUCACAAACCAAAUAACCCGUUUGCUAUUAGUGAAGAGGUUAACAAUAACAUUAGUAUUCCAGAGGAACCAAUAGGUUCAAAUAUACCAUUCGGUUCAGAUAACUCCCUUCACGAAGUAAGUAGUAACAAUGAUAGUAUUUUUAGUGAUGAAGUACUUCCUCACAGAUUUCAUAAGGUUUCUAUUAUUGAGGAAGAACAGCCAGAUAUCCCACAAUUAGAAGCUUUAGAAAAAGAAAAAGGCACAACACUUUCCAAAGAUAUUCUAACAAGACCACCUCUAAUUGAUAUUGAUGAUGAUGAGAUGAAUGAAAUUCUUGCUGACAUUAAUUGGGAUGGGAAGGAAGACCCCGAUGAGAUGCUGGACAAGCUAGAUCGAAAAAUUGCGGAUGAAAAGCAUUCUCUGAAUAACAAUUUGAUAUCUUUAGAAGGAUCUGGAUCUACUCUCAAACCAUAUCAAUUAGCGGUUACCAAAGAAUGUGAAAAAAUGGAUCCAACAAUAUCUCUGUUUCUAAUGGAAAUGGGUAAUGUAGCUGAUGAUAUUGAAUAUAUUGAACAGCAAAAUAAUGGGCUUCAAGUAGAAAGUGCAAAUAAAAAAAUGUUAUGGAAUACCCUUUCCCAACUCUUGAAUAGUGUUUCGAUGGAUCAAGAUACGUUAUAUGAACUUUUAUCGAAACCAAUUAGUGAGCAUAAUCUAGGUAGAAUGGAUAAUCAACUAGAAAAGUUAUUCAGUGCGUUAAUUGCAAUAAAAGGUGAAAAAUCAUCAGUUCAUGAUUAUUUGGGUGGAAUGUCUGCACUUCAACAAAGGCGACAAACAUAUGAAAAAGUUACCUCUGCAUUUCUUAUUAGAGUAGUUGAUGAAUUGACAAAAAUGUUUAGUAAUAUAGAACAUAUGAAGAAUACACAAUUGACCAAUAUCUUAUCUAGACUGCUAGUAUUUUCUUCUUUGACAAGAUUCUGCAAGGAUGUAUCCCCAAAUUCAUAUGAAACAAUUAUGGAAAAAUGGAAUGAGACUGCUCAUAAUAUUUACAGUGAUGAGGGAUCAAGAUUAUUAAAUAUUUUUGAGAAGAAUAACAACCAAAGUUUUACAAAUAAUGAGUCAGAGAAUAUGGUUACUUUAGCUUCAAUAAAUAAAUUCUUCGUUGAUAUUUUACAAUAUAAGAAGGGUAGCUUAGAUUAUUCAACAAAAUUAAACGCUGCCCCUCCCGAACUGAAUAUAGUAUUAGGAAUAUUAGAUAUCUUGGAAACAAUCGAGAGAGAAUGCAUUGUAUAUCAAAACUUUUUGGAUAACUUCUUCCACCUUUCUGAUAACCGAGAUUUCAGCAAAUUUAUUGCUCAAUAUCGUGAUUUAAAUUCACGGGUUGUUUCUUUGGAAGAAAUCAAGACUAUGGAUUCAGAUAGAAAAUCGGCAACUUUAAUUAAUGAGUUAGUUUCCAAAGCUUUUCACAACACUAUAACAGAUAUCAGCUCAUAUUUGGUCCAUAGGAUCAAGGAAUUACCUUCAAUUUCACCAUCUUUGUUAAUGUAUUUACAAAGCAGAUCAAAAGCUUUAGAGAAUUCUAAUCAAGAAUAUUUAUUAGGAGCUACACAAAGAUUAAUAAAUCAAAUUAAACAAGCAUGGCUUGACUUUGUAAAGGAUGAGUCAAUAUUUAUCGAACGUGCUUUUAUCGAUUAUUCCGAUAUAUCUGUGGCCCCAUUUUUGUUAACCGUUAUUGUGAUAAUGAAAAAUACAGAAGAAAUUUAUAGUAGGACAAAACAAUUAGUUUUAGGAAAUGAAUCACUAGAAAAUGAUGAAACGCUUUUAUUAGUUCAUAAGGGCUUCGAAAACUUAGGCAUAGAAAUCGUUCAUUCAUUGUCAAAGCCUUCUGAUACUAUUUCCCAGAAUCCAUCGGCAGAUGUGAGUAAGAAAUUACUAUCAUUAAUAUUAAACAGUAAUUGGUUAAUCAAAACUUUUGCAUAUGUGAAUGUGAAUGAUGUUUUAAACCAGCCCUUGGUAGAAAUCAAAAUCACCUUUGAUAACUAUAAAGAAUUAUACGUUACACAUAGAUUAAGACAGACGAUGCCUAAAUUAACUUCGUUUGUUUCAGGUGCUCUUAAUUUAUUGAGAAAUAAUCGUAAUAGAGGAACUCUCAAUCCUGCACGUCGGGCAGCUUAUAGUAAACAAAAUUUGGAUAAUAUGUUGUCUGGAUAUACACCUCAGGAAAUUGAUAAUUUAAUCUCAAAAUUGCAUCAACAAGUCGUUACAGACUUUAACAUUUCCUCCAGCGAUAUAAUUCAAGACACGCUGAUUGAAAAAAUUUGGUCCAGCUUGCAAGGUAGUACUGUUUCGUUAUAUUUACAAUUGGCAACCUUAAUGGAAAAAAAUUAUAGGGGCUCUAUUUUACAAUUCUCCAAAAAUGACAUUAUCCUUUCCUUUGAAAAAUAUAGGAAACAGACCCAAUAA